UCAGCAGGAGGAGAAUCUGACGGAGGAACAUUUUCAGCCAUUUGGACUCAGCUCAGCCACUACAAAGGAAACAAUGACUUCAACACAGAUGGACCAACAUGGAGCAAGAAGUCAGCGCUCUCAGGAGGCCGACAAACCUCACAGAAGAAAGGGACAGAAAAAAUACAGCUGUGAUGAGUGUGGGAAAGAUUUUACUAAGGCUGGAACCUUAAAAAUACACCAACUCAUCCACAGUGAAGUUAAACCGUACAGCUGUGAUGAGUGUGGAAAGGACUUUACUUAUGCCGGAAGCUUGAAAACACACCAACUCAUCCACAGUGGAGUUAAAGCGUACAGCUGUGAUCAGUGUGGCAAAGCUUUUGCUCGUAGUAGCUACUUAAAGAUUCAUCAAGUUACCCACUCUGGAAUUAAGGCGUACAGCUGCGACAUUUGUGGAAAAACUUUCAGACAUCGAGGGUAUCGAAAUAUUCACCUACGCAUCCACACCAGACAUGACGUUUACUGCUGUGAUCAGUGUGGGAAACUAUUUGCAACAGACACACAGUUACAAAAUCACAUGUUUACCCACAAUGAGGAGAGACCUUAUAAAUGUGACAAGUGUGAGAAGACGUUUAAAGCUCCACAUUACCUGAGAGUCCACCAACAGAUCCACACCAAUAAGAAACUGUACAAGUGCAGUUACUGUGAGAAGCAGAGCGACACAGAUGGAUCCAGUUCUCAACCCUGUGAGCACUGUGGUAGUGGGAAAGAGUUUCGUUGUGACCUUUGUGGAAAAACUUUCAGUAAUCAAAAGAGCCUAAAGCUACAUCAACGCAGACACACUGGAGACAAAAUGAACUACUGCAAAGAAUGUGGGAAAGGCUUCCCCAUACCAAGUAAAUUAAAAGAACAUGAACUCUGUCACAGUGGGGUUAAAAAGCAUGUCUGUGACCAGUGUGGGUCAUCCUUCACCAUUGCACGUGAUCUUAAAAUACAUAAACGAGUCCACACAGGAGAGAAACCAUACAAGUGCAGACAUUGUGACAAAAGCUUCUCACGGUCAGGUCAUCGUAAUAUUCAUGAAAAUACACACGUUGAAGGGAACUUCAGCUGUGACCAGUGUGACAAAAGCUUCAAGAAUCUCAGUUCAUACUCUGAACAUAAACGAGCCCACGCUGCAAAUAAACAGUUUCACUGUUACCAAUGUGCAAAAACAUUCACUUCAUUAUCUGCUCUGUGCAAACAUCAGCGUGAUCAUGCAGGACUGUGAUCACUGGAUCAAAAGUAUUUGGCCUUUUCUCCAAGCAGCCUGAAUAAAUCACUUUAAUGUUUUUCUUUUUUUUUUCCCUCUCAAACUCAUCUUACAUCACAGCCACUGUGAUCUUUAGUGGGCCGGUCCAGUGAAACUGCCCUUUCUGUCAGUGUAAAGAAAUUACAUAUUUAACUGCUUUUAUACACAACAAAUGAGAAAAAAACUGUCAGCAUGAUUGUUUGGACUUAAAUUGUGAGAAAUAAAUGUAAA